ACUGAGUAUGGCUGGUCCAGGGCCACUCUGGUUUUAUCUGCAUGACAAAGUGCGCGUGCAGGUCAAGAUUGUGACAACCUGAAAGCUUUCCAUCUUUGAAACUCACAAAUCCAUCACUUUGAUUCAAUUACUCUCUUAUCCCCAUGUCCCAUUUUCAUCCCCAUCCUCAUCCAUCACACAAAUAUAUAGAAAACACUGAAUUGAGGAUGAUGAGGGAUAUGAACAACCGAAUACGCGAGACCAGGAAAAAGCCGCAACGUCUAAAAUUUAACAUCUUUGUUUGAGAAAAGCCACAACACAAAACAAAAUUUCUCAAAGAAAAUUCCUACCACUUACGACAAAACCGCCUUCAGGAGAAUUUUCAUUUUCCAUAUAGAUCCAAGCCUAUAAGAAUAUUCGCUAUGCAUUAUGAAAUCGAUGAUGUACGCAGGACUUGAUUCUUUGCCUUCAAAAUUGGAAUAUUAGGAACUAGCUGUCUCAAGUGCGUCUAUAUGAUUAAGAAUAAGCUGUCCCUUUACCCAUCGUGGGCGUACCGUGAUACGCAUCAAUAAUGUACCGCUGUCGGAUGGAUUGGUACAAAACGUUGAAACUUAAAGAUCACCUCUGAAAAAAUAAUCUCUUUCAGUUCGACCCGAGGGGUGUAGAAGAAAAUAACUGCCACUGGAUGAGAUGGGAUUUAGUUUUACUCUUCCACUAGAGGCUUCUUUUGCUGUUUAGUGUAUUGUUGAGUUGAAUUUUGUGUUAAACAUUAUGAAAAAAGCAAACUAGACUGCAGAAUAUGAUGAAUUCUUCACCAUCCAAACAUUUCAACGAUGCAGAAUAACAGAAGAAUAAAAGGACUUCGAUGGUCGUUUCAUUAUUUCCACUCGUAUAAUCAUUCGUGUACCGACAAAAGAACCUAUCUUAGUGAAACUCCCACUGCCACCCCCACCCUCUUCUUGUUAUUUUCAUUUCCCUCCCCAAUUGCCUUAUUUAAACACAAACCACGCACCACAACAAAAUAAACUCAACAGUCAACGCACUCUCCCUUUCCCUUUUCCUUUCCCUUUUCCUUUCCCUUUCUCUCUCGCUUUCUUCUUCUCCCUUUUCCUCCUUUUGGCUAUCCAGAAAAAUGGAUGGUUUUUUCCGAACAGUGGUGGCGAGUGUGCCUGUGGGAGUGGGUGCACUAUUGUUCACGACGUUGUGCGUCGUGGGAGGGGGGUUGGUUUAUUUCUAUGGACCUUACUGGGGAGUGAGAAGGGUGCCUGGUCCACCAGCUAUUCCGCUGGUCGGACACCUUCCCUUGCUGGCUAAGUACGGCCCAGACGUUUUCUCUGUCCUCGCCUCCCAAUAUGGCCCCAUCUUCAGGUUCCAUAUGGGUAGGCAGCCAUUGAUAAUUAUAGCAGACCCUGAGCUUUGUAAAGAAGUUGGUAUCAAGAAAUUCAAGGACAUCCCAAAUAGAAGUGUCCCUUCUCCAAUAUCAGCUUCCCCGCUUCAUCAGAAAGGUCUUUUCUUCACAAGGGAUGCAAGAUGGUCGACAAUGCGAAACACUAUACUAUCGGUCUAUCAGCCCUCUCAUCUUACGAGACUAAUACCUACUAUGCAAUCAAUCAUUGAAACUGCCACUCAAAAUCUCCAUUCCUCUGUCGAGGAAGACAUCCCUUUCUCCAAUCUCUCCCUCAAAUUGACCACCGAUGUAAUUGGAACAGCAGCCUUCGGUGUCAACUUUGGGCUCUCUAAUCCUCAAGCAACCAAAACUUGCGGUACCAAUGGCCGUGACAGCAAAAAUGAUGAAGUUUCAGACUUCAUCAAUCAACAUAUCUACUCCACAACGCAGCUCAAGAUGGAUUUAUCGGGUUCCUUCUCAAUCAUUUUGGGACUUCUUGUCCCUAUACUCCAAGAACCAUUUAGACAAAUCCUGAAGAGAAUACCAUCCACCAUGGACUGGAAAGUUGACCGGACAAAUCAGAAGUUAAGUGGUCGGCUUAAUGAGAUCGUGGACAAGAGAAUGAAAUGUAACGAUCGAAGUUCAAAAGACUUCUUAUCUCUCAUUUUGAGAGCAAGAGAGUCAGAGACGGUAUCAAGGAAUGUCUUCUCUCCAGACUACAUCAGCGCAGUCACGUACGAACACCUACUUGCUGGUUCAGCUACUACAGCAUUCACGUUGUCUUCUAUUGUAUAUUUAGUUGCUGGACAUCCAGAAGUCGAGAAGAAGUUGCUAGAAGAGAUUGACAACUAUGGUCCAUCAGAUCAGAUACCAACAGCUAAUGAUCUUCAACAAAAGUUUCCAUAUCUUGAUCAGGUGAUUAAAGAGGCUAUGAGGUUCUACACUGUUUCCCCUCUAGUAGCUAGGGAGACAUCUAAAGAUGUGGAGAUUGGUGGAUAUCUUCUUCCCAAGGGAACAUGGGUUUGGUUAGCACUUGGAGUUCUUGCCAAGGAUCCAAAGAAUUUUCCAGAACCUGAUAAAUUUAAACCCGAGAGGUUUGAUCCAGAUGCAGAAGAGGAGAAACAAAGACACCCCUAUGCCUUAAUCCCGUUCGGAAUUGGUCCUCGAGCAUGUAUUGGUCAGAAGUUCGCCCUUCAGGAAUUGAAGCUCACUUUGAUUCAUUUGUAUAGGAAGUUUGCAUUUAGGCAUUCCCUCUCCAUGGAACAACCUCUUGAACUUGAGUAUGGUGUCAUUCUCAACUUCAAGAAUGGUGUCAAGCUCAGAGUGAUUAACCGUAAAUAGAGGGUAUUACAUUGACUAUGGCCAAAAUCUUAUAGGCUGUGAGAAUCUAAUUCUAUCAGUUUGUACGCUAAGUGUCAAUCAUCAAAGCUAUGUCAAAAGAAGGUUAUGUAUGUUUCUAAAAGAUAUAUUCUCCCCAAAA